AUGGAGCUUUCUAUAAUGAGAAAUCUCUAUGAUGCUUCACUAAAAGGAUGUGUUAGUACCUUGAAAAAACUUAUCGAAAAAGACACUCUUAUUCUAAGCAGAGUUUCACUCUAUCCAAACUUUGAAACUCCACUACACAUUGCUUCUUUGCUAGGACAUAUAGAAUUAUGUCGAAUUCUUCUUGACAUAAGUCCCAAUUUAGCAGCUGAAGUGAACUCGGAAGGGCAAUGCCCUCUUCAUCUAGCUUCUGCAAAAGGACACAUUGAAAUAGUGAAAUUUUUGUUGUUGACAAACGCGGAAACUUGCUUCAUUCACGACAAAGAUGACAAGCUUCCUCUCCAUUUUGCUGUAAUGAGAGGACGCUUAGGAGUCAUCAAGGAGUUGAUCGGUGCAAUGCCGGAGACAGAAAUUGUUAAGGUGAUGACUGAGAUUAAUGAUCAUGGUUCUGUUCUGCAUUUGUGUGUUUGUUAUAACCAACUAGAAGCAAUGAAGAUCCUAGUUGAAUCAAUUAGACGAGGAGACAUUGAUCAAAUUUUAUCUUCUAAAGACAAAGAGGGUAACACUGUUUUGGAUUUAGCUGUCAAACAAGGACAAAUUAAGAUUAUUAAGUUCUUGCUAUCACCAUCUGAAAUGAGUGAGAGUGAGACAAUAAAUACUUCCAAAUCAGAAGCUUCAAGAGCUUUGGAUAUGUUGGAGCAUUAUCCAAUAGAUUUCAUUAGCCAUACAACUCAACACAUUUUGGUAGAAGAAAGAGCUCAAACAUCUUCAAAUAUAGUUAUUGCACAACAAGAUCAUAUAACAUCACCAAACAAUGAUCCUCAACAGUUACUAGAACAGCAGUUACAAAUCAAUGGUCAUGAACAGUCACAAACUCCAUCACCAAACAAUGAUCCUCAAGAAAAUCUACAACCGUCACAAAACAUUGAUCCUCCGCAACCACCACAAUCUUUACCAAUAAAUCAUCCUCUACAACAAGCACAAUCACCAAUUAGUCAUCCUCUACAACUACCAAAUCCUUCGCCACAAAAUGAUUCUUCACAACCAUCAUCUCAUAAUCCAUCACCAAGCAAUAAUCCUCAACAUCGACAAUCACCCUCACCACACAAUGAUCCCUCACAACCAUCAUUGCAUAAUGAUCCUCUACAACCACCUCCACCAUUCUUGCCGAGCAACAACCCUUCACAACCUUUACCUACACCAAGAUGGGACAAGUUUGAAAAUUUCUGCAAAACAUACAUAAUAAACCAAGGUAACUGGAUAACAAAAGAACAAUUGAUGGUUGCAGCAACUGUGAUCGCAACAAUGGCAUUUCAAUCAGUAAUAAAUCCACCAGGCGGUGUUUGGCAAGAAGAUACCACAACAGGAGCUGUAUCUUGUCCUGAUUAUGGUUUUUGUGAAGCAGGAACUGCAGUUGUAGGCUAUGUUUGGUCACCAGUUUAUCUGAAAUUCAUUUACACGAACUCCGUUUCUUUCUUUCCUUCAUUAUGUGUGCUUUUGGUUCUCAUCAGUGGCCUUCCUCUACACAAUAAGGUCAUGGUGUGGAUUUUGGUGAUUUUAAUGGUAGUUGCAAUCACAUCCAUGUUGUUUACAUACACAUGGGCGUUGGCAUUAGUUAGUCCUAAUCAUAUUUUCAAUAGAGUUCAAAAUUUGGCUUAUAUCAUGGUUAUAAUUUGGGUAUUUUUGCUCAUUGUUGUUUCUUUGAUUCCAAUGACUAGAUUUUUGCUUUGGGCUAGGUCUAGGCGCAGGUCCUCCCCAAAUUAAUGUUGUUUUGUUGUUGCACUUUGAAUUAUUUUGACUAUAGUUGAAUAAUGCAGAAAUGGUGUUGAUCCAAUUUGUGAUUCCUGUGUUUCUCCAUAUGGUAGAGUAUCACAUUCAAUGAGAUAUGACUUGAAAGGAUUGAGUUAAGCUCAACCAAAUAAAACAAUAGCAAAGGCUCUACAAAUUUCUACAACAUUGCAGAUCAUUAAAUACUUGCUUUCACUAUCUGAAAUGACAACAACAAUAAAUACUUUGAACAUUGCGGGUUUAACACCAUUAGACAUGUUGGAUCACGAUUCAGGAGAUUCUAUUAGUCUGACAAUCAAACAUAUUUUAACUAAAGAAGGAGCUCCAAAUAUUGUCGGAACACAUCUACCAGCUUCCUCGUCAACUCAAGUUAAUAUACACCAAAUGACUACGUCACAAAAUAUAGUUUCUGCACAACAAGAUCACGUCCUUUCACCACACAAUGAUCCUCCACAACCACAAACGCUGCCAACACAAACAUCACCAAGGAAUUUACAGUCCUCACAAACACGACGCAACAGAUGGAACAUGUUUGAGAAC